AUGCAUCUCGUCAUCCCUGCAGAUAGGAGCAAAAUGAUCAAAGUGUGGAAUUGUCAGGACAGGGAUCUUCUGGCCUCUCUCCCCAUGCCAGCACUCUGUUAUUGCAUGGAAGCCCAUCUCACUAAGGAUGGCCCAUUCCUGAUGGUUGGUGACGCUGCAGGUGACAUCUACACAUUUACACUGCCUGGGUUAAGAGAUGUUUCUAAAGUUACUGCAUUUCAAUAUGCUAUUGUACUUCUACACUGCUAUCCUGACAAGAAAUGGGUAUUUGCAUGUGGGAUAUAUACUCGUAACUUUCCACAGGUGUUUCUCGCAGAGGACUUACGGAGACCAUCAGAAGGCAGCGUUCCUCUAUCUACUUUUCUCCUACAUAAAUUCUGCACCACUGCCUGCUGGAACCCAAAGAUGAAAAACAGGAUAACACUGAUGUCCCAAACUAUUAAAAAAAGACAGAAUUUAUCAUCUUUGAUCUAA